AUGGAGCACAAGCGUCACGUCUAUUUGGCCUGCAAAGCUAUUUUUUCUGCCCAGAAUGCCUCAAUCCGUAAGAGAAAGACCGUUCAAAAGCGUCUCGAAGAUCACCGGUCGUCGCUCCAGUCUCUCAUACCGGAUUUCGAUCUCAAGAAAGUGGCGGUUAUAUGCCAAACUCCCCUUGAGAAGCAAAUUUUUCAGUCUGAGAUAAAGGCGAAACUCGAAUUUCCUGAAUUAUUCGCGCCUGCAUUGGAAAAAGAUUCCUACCCUUUGGCAUCUGAAGAGGAGGCAGCAAGGUCAGAAGCCGAAAUAAUUGAAGGAAUUACCCUGAACUAUGAAAGGGAGGAAUCAGGAGUGGACACGGUGAUUCCUUUUGAUUGUCGCAAAGAUUGUCUCAAUAAACAACCGCUCUAUUGCGACCAGGGCAGGGUUUCCCGGCCUGUCUCAGCGCGAAAGCCAUCACUGCCAUCAUUCUAUCCAUCAUAUUUCCCCUAUCACGCUCAACACGCCAUUCUUUCGACAGUGCAGCGGGUUUUAGAGGAGUCUUGCUUUGAUUUUGCACAGAAGUGGUUUCCUCUGGAUAUCAAGGAUCACGGCUGGGACUGCGCCGAGGCAGUCGAACUUACCAAAUGGACAAGGUUGAUUCAGGAACAGAGCUCAAACCUGCCUUGCGGUAGUUUACUAUUAAAUGGCUCAGAGCUUAGUACCGCAUUAUCGGCCGUGCAUAAGAUUCGCCACACUGCUGUCCAUCGACUAUUGACUACCGCCCGAGGAAUAGAUAUUCUUGUCGUCUCUGCUAUGCGUUUGACUGAGGUCCUACAGGAUACAUUACGCACUUCUCAGUUGGAAGAUCUUCACGUGGAUCUAGCAAGUAAAAUCGAAACAAUGGACCUUCAAAAAAAAGCACUUGAUAGCUGUCUUGCACAAGAUCUCGAAAACAUACAGUUACAGAGAGAGCAGCUGGACCAAAAAGAGGAGGAUCUCAAGAAGAGGGCUAUGGGCAAUGACCAGGAUAUGAAAUCCUUGAUGGGCCUCCUGAUAGCGGAAACAGUGGAGAAGGUGUUUAGUCACGACUAUAGGGACCAAUGGGAAGCAGAGAUGUCAUGCUUUGCUACUGCUGACGAGGGCGACUAA